AUGGUGACUCAAGGCUCUCGGGAUAAGCACAUUAAGCGCACGCAGAAUGGCACAAAAACCACAAAAUCCCACCGAUGGGAGCCAUUCUCACAACGUAUCGCAAAGCUCAAAAUCGAUCCGAUCCACCGGGUGCGCCGAGACAGCUUUGGUGAAGAUGAAGGCGAGACCACCUCUUAUUUCCGUUCUGCCCUGGAUCAUUGGGUGGACAUGAACCUGUCGGAUAACUUCUCGAACUUUUACCGCCGUAUGAAUCCUAUCUCCGAAAGUCUCGCCCAGAUCCUUCACCAUGAAGAGAAGAUUAUGGGCCUGUUGGUGGAAUUCAUUGAGAAAAAGGAUGAACAUUCAAUGGAACCACUUCUGAGUUUGCUUGCUCAAUUUGCACGAGACUUGGGCGUUAGAUUUGAAAAGCAUUUCGCAACAUCGGUGACAUUGGUUGCAUCUGUUGCUGGAACACACCCGGACGUUGAAGUCGUCGAGUGGAGCUUUACUUGUCUAGCAUGGAUUUUCAAGUUCUUGUCCCGUUUGUUAGUGCCUGACUUGCGACAGCUAUUGACCAUCAUGACUCCUUAUCUUGGAAAGGAGCGACAGAAGCCUUUCGUAGCUCGUUUUGCCGCCGAAUCCCUGUCAUUCCUGAUUCGCAAAGCAGGCCUUGUUUAUUAUAAGAACAAGGUUCCCCUCGAAAACGCCAUCUCUUAUCUUUACAACGAUAUUUCCGAAACCGCAGAAGAAGGAAAGGAUGUGGAGAGCUACAAGGAAGGAUUGAUGGUCAUGUUCUCCGAUGCUAUCAAGGGCGUUAACAAUGGCCUUCAUUCCAAUGGUGUGGAUGUUCUCCGCUGUGUGUUAGAUCAACUUCCUCCUGUGGAUGAGAACCGUGGUGCUCCUGCCGAAGUUGUGUACGGAGUCGUCACCAACCUCAUUCACCACACCACACCUGAGACCUUUGGACCUGUUCUCAAUACAGUCCGGGAAUUCAUUGAAGCUCGCUCCGAGGGAGAGAACACCAAUAUUCCAGAGUGCUGUCACUUGAUGCUAAUUUGCAUUGCCACCCGCAAAGGUGUUCGAGUUCGAGAUUGGAAGUCUGUGCACCAGACCCUGGUCUCUCUUCUUGAGCAAGUGUCUAAGAUUCCUGAAAAAUAUACUCAAGCGAAUCUUCAGAUCCUUACAGCCACCGCAUAUGCUCUCGAAGUUUCUCCAAUGGACGAGAUGCUUCGGUUUGUCCGCCCUCUUAUGGAUCUGGUAUCUACAGGGCCUCUCUCAAAAUACUUCCUUUUCUUCUGCGCCACAUUCGCGGAAUGGGGUGCAGACCGAUUCCAAAGCCUGCUUCUUCCUUACUUCCAAAAGUUCAUUUCCACUUCCUGGCAAGAACGUGAAUGGGAGUUAUGCUUGACCCUUCUCCGACUGAACAAAGCUGGGUGCAUCACCUCAGAGGUCUCCAAGCCUGGUUAUGUUUCAUGCCCUGAUGCCUUGAAAUCUCGCAUUUCUGCUUCUUUGAAAUACCCCACGGAGGAUGAGUUUGGUUUGAACGCUUUUGUGAAGCUUCCAAAGGCCAUUUCUUUAUUCGCUGACUCCACCGCGCGCUCUGAUAUCGUGAAGAAGUUGCAUAAGAACCUUGUAUCUGCCUUGGGCGAAGCCUCCAAGUCAACCACUGAGUCUAAUGGUUUACUCUUCUACCUUGGACAGGGAUUUAAGACCUAUGUUGAAUUGGCUUCACAAUCUGAGGAUCUUGAUCUAAAUCUGUGGAAGGGUAUUUUGAAGGCGUCGUCAAAGUUUUCUCGAUUGUCUCUAUUCCUAGAGGCAGUUCUUGCAUUUAUUUCUGCCACACCCACUUCAACAAAUUUGGAGUCCCCCGAGGUUGAAGAUUUUGCCAACAAUUUGAUUCUCAACCUGGCCAGCCCUUCACAUAGAUUAAGACUGGUUUCUCUUCAGAUUCUGCGAGAGCUCGUUGGUCGCAUCAAUCAAGAUGAUACUGCACCAAUCUCCUUGGCCAUCGAGGUGGAAGAGAGCGCCUUGACCUUGCAGAGUGCGAGAACCCUCUCAAUGCAUGUUCGCAGGCUGGCAAUUCUCUAUCCACAGAUUGCUUCCCAAAAGUGGAUGGCUACCUUGGUACCCUACUUUUGCUUUGGUUUGUUCUCGAAGAAACUGACUCCGCUUUGGGACGAUUCUGCCGCUGCAUUGAAAGCCAUCAGCGAGCAUCCCGAGGGUGAGAAAAUUGUCUCUAACCUGUCUAUCCAGUGGUUGCAAGAGCGGGACUCCGGCGCCUCUGGAGAGGAUGAUCUGGAUGAUGAGGAGGACAACAACCAUCCUGCCGGUUACUUUUCCUGUUAUAAUGUUGCCAAGGUGGAAGGUGUCCUCUCAUCCAACUUGAAGACCUUGGAGAACCCAACUGGAAUCCUCUCCGAGCAGUUCAGCAAAGAUCACGCAAAGGCAGACCUCAUUCCUGCUACCCCUCGUAGUCAUGCACUGCUUGUUCUUAAUGCUGUCCCCAACAUUGCCGAGAAGCGCUCAAGACAGAUUGUGCCUCUUUUCCUAAGCUGGGCACUGCGCGAUGACCAAGAUGAUGCUCCUGCAGCCAACGACACCGAUGCUCAGUCUGACAACCAGCCAAUUAAAUGGGGCUUCAAGGAUCGCCUUUCCAUCUUGGGUUUAUUUGGUCAAUUCUUGAACCCUAUUGUUCUUUUCAGAGCUCCAGAAGUUCACAAUGCUGUUCUCGGCCUUCUCUGUCACGGUAACUCGGAACUUCAGAAGGCUGCUUUGAAAGUUCUCUUCACCUGGAAGAAUUCUCACGUCAUGCCUUAUCAAGAAAACCUUCUCAACAUUCUCGAUGAGACACGUUUCAAGGAUGAACUGGCAGUCUUUGUCCGUGUUGGCGGUGAAGACAGCUUAAUUGAGCAGGAGCACCGUCCUGAACUACUCCCCGUUCUUCUUCGCUUGCUGUAUGGUCGCAUGAUUUCAAAGGCCGGUAGCUCGAACCAAGCCGGACAAGGUGGCCGGCGUAAAGCUAUUCUGCGCACCCUUUCACAUCUCUCUGAGCAGGAAUUCGGUCUUUUCAUGCAUAUCUCAUUUGGCCCUCUCGCAGAUGUACAUGUUGUUGAGGACAAUAAGUGCAAUGAGGCGGCUUUCUCAGAGGAGUUGACCAGCCCAAGAAGACAACUUGGUUUGCUCAAGAUGAUUGACACGGUCUUUGACACCCUCCAGAGUACCAUGAUCCCCUAUUCCGAGCAAACUAUGAAUGUGAUUCUAUACUGCUUGGUGCGGGCUUGCAGGGCUAUUCGGGAUGAGUCUGGUAAUGUGGAUGAUCGCGUUGGAACAACCUAUCAAAGCAUUCGCCAAUCCGCUAUCCGCUGCCUGAGCCUAGUCUUUUCGGUAUCUUCGGACCGUGACUGGACUCCGUACGUUCGAAUUAUCUUCGACGAGGUGAUCAAUGACAGAUUGGACCAAUUCCCCAUCGAGACUGCGCAGGGUAUCUCCGGAUUUCUACGUCUGUUCCACACCUGGGCAUCUUCCCCGCGAUCUACGUUCUACUUUGUGCAGCACAACAAAGAUCUGUUGAACAAGGUCAUUGAUUGUCUGAGCGUUGAGUCUGCGCGUGAUGAGGUAAAGAUUUUUGUUCUGGAUGAAGUCAUCGUGCCUCUGGUUCUUUUGGCUAGUGGCAAGAAGCUUGAGGAGGAUGAGGAAAUGUCAGAUAUCCCAGCUGAGCAGAUUCGCUCUGAGGUUCUGUCACCAUACCUUGAACAUGCUCUUGCUCAUCUCGGUCGUCUCCUGAGGAGAGGCCCAUCCAAGCCUGUGCUAUUCUCAGGAGUCACUGCGCUGUCCUUGACUGCUCCCUGUGUCGAGUCCUCUGACCGUGUCAACCCUAAGACCAAGUCUGGUCUUCUCAAGAUUCUGGAGCACUUCCUACCUCUUUACAACCCCAAGGAAGAUGUUGAGCUUUCCCAGCAGGUGUUUGAGGCUGUUUCUGCCUUAUUCGACUACUUCAAGGAUGAUGCGAACAGAGAAGUACUGGGCAGAGUCUUCGUGGCUCUUGCGGCCCACGAUCAAGUCAUGGGCGAGGUGGCUGGCCUGUGCGCUGAUCUGAACUCUCGCUCAAUGAAGAGACUUGAACCAGACUAUGAGCGUCGCCUUCAGGCUUUCAGAAAGGUCAAUGAUGAGCUUUCCCAGACCCUUAGCGCCAGACAGUGGAGGCCUCUUCUUUACAACAUGCUCUUCUAUGUUAAGGAUGAAGAGGAGCUUUCAAUCCGAUCCAGUGCCUCAUUCGGGUUGAAACGAUUCAUUGAAAAGGCCGCCGCCGAGAAUGGAGUGGAAGAGUUCGAAACUCUCAUCAACGAUGUUCUGAUUCCAUCCAUUCAUUAUUGUCUCCGACAGAAGUCCGAAUUGAUUCGUUCAGAGGUUGUCUCUGUCUUGGGCUACUUCGUCAAGCUAAACCCCACGCGCCCGUCUGUGCAGGAUAUGCAUGUUCUUCUUGUCGGCGAUGAUGAGGAAGCUUCUUUCUUUAACAACAUUCUGCACAUUCAACAACAUCGUCGUCUGCGCGCGCUUCGCCGAUUGGCUAGUGAAGCUGGCAAGGGCAUGAUCCAGCCCAACAACCUGAGCAAGGUUUUCUUGCCUCUCAUUGAACACUUUUCAUUCGAAGAGGCUGCCGAUGAGAGUGGACACAAUUUGAUUGCCGAAGCUGUUGCAACAAUUGGUUCUCUAGCAGAAUGGCUAGACUGGAAUCAAUUCCGUGCCAAUUUCCGCAGAUACAAAAGUUACAUGCAGAGUAAACCAGACAUGGAGAAGAACAUUCUCAGACUUUUGGGACGGAUGUCAGAUGCUUUGUCUUCUGCAAUGGACCAGAAGAAGAUAUCCAACAAAAGCGAUGCAGACGCUGUUACUGAUGCCGUUGAUGCAGUCGAUGCAGCCGAUGCAAUGGAUGUUUCAGAUGUUUCAGACAUGGCAAAGUGCACACUUGCCACGACAAUGCCCUCGCUUGCGCAAGUCUCGAAGGAGCUCACGACCAAUUUCAUUCCUUUCUUGACCCAGUUCAUCCACCACAAGAACCAGGCAGAGAUGAGUUUGCGUUUGCCUGCUGCAGUCACUACGAUCAAGCUUCUCAUGAUUCUUCCUGAGCAAGAUAUGGCAAUUCGACUCCCCCCUGUACUUCUUGAUGUCUGCAGUAUUCUGAAGAGUAAGGCGCAAGACUCCAGAGACACUGCCCGGAAGACAUUGAACGAUAUUGCGCUCUUGCUGGGUCCGUCAUACUUUGGCUACAUCCUCAAGGAAUUAAGGAACACUCUCCUGAGAGGUUACCAGCUCCACGUCUUGUCCUUCACGAUUCACUCUAUGCUUGUAGUGACUACAGAUCAUUUCAAACAAGGUGACUUGGACUAUUGUUUGGACCAACUUGUCGCAGUUGUGAUGGAUGAUAUCUUUGGUACUGUUGGCCAAGAGAAAGAAGCCGAAGACUAUGUUAGCAAGAUGAAGGAAGUCAAAAGUAGCAAGAGUUACGAUUCGAUGGAGCUUCUGGCCAAGAAUGCAACUAUCCGCCAGCUUUCAAGCCUUGUUCGCCCUCUGCAGGCUCUUCUGCGUGAGAAACUCAACUCAAAUAUCGUCAAGAAGAUUGAUGAGCUCAUGCGAAGAAUUGGUAUUGGUCUUCUGAGAAACCCUGAUGCCGAGAGCCGCGAUUUACUGGUGUUCUGUUAUGAAGUCAUCAAGGAAUCUUACCAGGAGAAUGUUGCUGUCGUCAAAGAGAAUGCCCCGAAGUUCAAGUACGAAGAGCGUUUCCUGGUCAAGCUCCAAGGAGCUAAGCGAGGUGAUAAGCGAGGCACAACGUCUUCUCACAAGCACAAGCUAACUCGAUUCUCCCUCGAUGUUCUCCGUGCUAUCCUCAACAAGUUCAACUCUCUGUCAACUGCGACCAACCUGUCUGGUUUCCUGCCCAUCAUUGGUGAUGCACUCGUGCAAGAUCAUGAGGAAGUCAAGAUCUCCGCUCUGCGACUCCUGUCAACUAUCAUCAAGCUUCCUAUGCCUGAGCUUGACCAAAACUCGCAUGUUUAUCUCACAGAGGCAGUGAAGCUGAUCAAAGAAUCACAAACCACCAACUCUGAGGGUUCCCAGGCGGCAUUAAAACUGAUUUCUGCCAUGAUCCGUGAGCGAAAGAGUACCAAGCUUCGUGAUGGACAUCUUGCAUACCUGCUGAAGCGCUUGACUGCUGAUAUCGAAGAGCCUGACAGACAGGGUAUCACGUUCAACUUCAUCCGUGCUGUCAUGUCUCGUCAGUUUGUGGUGCCUGAGAUUUAUGAACUCGUGGACCAGAUUGCCACCAUGAUGGUCACGAAUCAGACUCGCUCUGCACGGGAUCUUGCGCGCGGUACCUACGUCCAUUUCUUGAUCGAUUAUCCUCAGGCCAAGAACCGUUGGACCAAGCAACUCGGCUUCCUUGCCAAGAACUUGGACUACAAGCACCAAGAGGGACGCCAGUCAGUCUUGGAAGCAAUCCACAUGCUUCUUUCAAAGACUGGCCCGGAGUUAGCUCAGGACAUCGUCAGUACUUUCUUCCUGCCUGUUGUCCUUGCCAUGGCCAACGAUGAAUCAUCAGAGUGUCGCGAGAUGGCGGGUACACUACUUGGACAACUCUACAGUCGUGCAGACCAAGAACAGAUGAAGACUAUCCUGUCACCUCUGCGUUCAUGGCUGGAACAGACCGACAACAUGGCUCUCAGCAGCAUUGGAUUACAAGCCAUGCGUAUUUUCUUUGAGGUUGAAGAGACACAGAAGGAGAAGGAAGCCAAAUUCGUGGUCGAAAUUUUGCCAGAUUUGAUGGAACCUAUUCUCGCAGACCAUGAGAACGGAAACUGGGAAACUCUCUACUUUGCCUUGCAGCUUUUCAGCAAGCUCUGCAAGACCGUCCCCUCGUUGGCUCUGAGCCCGCAGUGUGCAUCAAUCUGGACUGCUAUUCAGGAAUCGCUGUUCUUCCCUCAUGCAUGGGUCAAGACUUGUUCUGCCAAUCUUGUUGGUAUGUGGAUGGCUGAUCUAGCCAAGACCAAUGCCACUGAAGGUUACAGUGCCCUUCCUCUCACAGGAAGCUCUGGUCUUGCUCUCGACCGAGAGGCACAGAUCAAGCUCCUCCGUGCUAGUUUGCGCAGCCUGCGCACCCCCGGUGUCACUGAGGAGUUAGCCAUGCAGAGUGUCCGUAACAUGGUCUUCCUCGGCCGAUGCGUGGCACAGAAUGGUAUUGAAUUCCAGAAAACUGCAGCUGAGGUUGCCGAGUCAGAGGACGAGGAUGAGGAACCUAGUAGCGAAGCUGGCGAUGAGGAGGACGAUGAAGAAAAGGACACUGCUGCCACCGCACCUGUUCGGUCUGCCAUUGGUUACAUUUUCAGACAAGUCUCUGCUCUCCUUCGUCAUGAAGUUAUCUCAACACGACCAGAGGCCCUUAUCCCAAAGACAGCCACCAUUGCUCUUCUCGCCACACUGGUUCGUCACGUCGAAGUUGAACAUAUCGUGCCCUCUAUUAGUGUCAUCCUACUGCCGUUGCAGCAUAUGACCGAUUCCUCGAUUCCCGCACCUCGGUCUCGUGACGAGAACUUCCAGAACAACUACAAGGCUAUCGUUGCUAAUUGUCACGAGGUUCUGGAUACUUUGCAGAAGAAGCUUGGUGCAUCCGAGUUCAUUGCGCAGAUGGCCAGCGUGCAAGAGAGCAUCAAGGCGCGUCGUGAAGGCAGACGGACUAAGCGUCGCAUUGAAGCAGUCAUGGAGCCUGAGAGGCACGACAAGGACAAGAGGAGGAGAAAUGAGCGCAAGAAGGAGAAGCGCAAGGAGAAGGGCCUUGAGCACCGAAGCAAGAGACGUGGCUGGUAA